AUGGGUUCUCGCCUCAGCCCUGAGGCCAAUGCCGAGGUGCCCCGCGAGGCCCUCAGUUUUCAUGGCGAUGCCAUGGGCACACAGGUGCAUCUGGAUGACCAGCGGAGCACAGCGCGCAGGCGCUCCACAUUCCACGAUGGUAUUGUGUUCAGCCAGCGUCCUGUAUGGCCCGGUGAGCGUGUAGCGCUGCGUGUGCUGCGACAUGAAGAUGGUUGGUGUGGUGGCCUCCGCGUGGGCUUCACGCGCCUGGACCCCGCGCAAGUGCCUGCGUCCUGCCUGCCACCCUUCGUGUGCCCGGACCUGGAGGAGCAGAGCCCCACGUGGGCAGCGUUGCUUCCAGAGGGCUUCGUUCGCGCGGGGAAUGUGGUCUGCUUCUGGGUGAAUCGUAGAGGCUGGCUCUUCGCCAAGGUCAACGCUGGCCGCCCCCUCUUGCUGCGCAAAGACGUGCUGGUCCAGGGCGCCCCGCUCUGGGCAGUGAUGGAUGUGUACGGGACAACGAAAGCCAUUGAGCUGCUUGAUCCCAAAGCCAACGCCUGGAUCACCAGUGGGGAGCCUGUGCCAGAGUCUGAAGUCACAUCAGGAGAGGAGUGUGUCAUCUGCUUCCACAACACUGCCAACACCCGCCUCAUGCCCUGUGGCCACGCACACUUCUGUGGCUCCUGUGCCUGGCACAUCUUCAAAGACACGGCCAGGUGCCCCAUGUGUCGCUGGCAGAUCGAGGAGGUGGCUGUAGUGCCUUCACUGAAGACUGGGGAAGGCUCCUGA